CUUGGGGGUAAUCGUGUGCAGUUCCGCUUUUCGACAGUUAGCUGAAGACGUCAGCAGUAUUCAAAAUUUUUGAUUAAAGGCAUACUCUAAAAUGGCUUCGCAAAAAACCGCCUUCAAAAAAAACAGAUCAAGAGUGUCUCUUUCUUUGGAAAUGAAGCUCAAUAUUUUGGAUGCCCUUCAAGAUGGGAAAUCUGUUGCAAACGUCGGCAGGAAUUUAAAAAUCAACGAAUCGACUGUGCGUACAAUUAAAAAGAAUCAAGAUAGCAUCAGACAGACAGCAGCUCAGGGCACUAUCUAUGCAACAAAAUCCUCAUCAUAUACACGAGAUCCAUUGAUGGUCAAGAUGGAAAAGGCACUUCAUAUGUGGAUCGAAGAUCACGCGCAGAAGAAAAUACCCUUGGAUCAGGAAUUAAUAAGGGAGAAAGCUUUGAGCCUUUACCUUUGGUUAGAGAAGAAUGAGCCGUCUUCAAGUAAAAAGAAAGACUUUACCGCGAGUAAGGGAUGGUUUUAUAACUUUAUACGUAGUAAUUCCAUUCGCAACGUUAAAAUCAAGGGUGAAUCCGCAUCGGCCGAUGUUUCGGCUGCAAAUAGUUUUCCUCCAAAGCUCGCUAAGAUCAUAAAAGAAGGUGCGUAUCAUGGUGACCAAGUGUUCAAUGGAGAUGAAACGGGUCUUUUUUGGAAAAGAAUGCCGUCUCGUACCUACAUUACGCAGCAGGAGCAAUAUGCCAGUGGUUUCAAAGCGGCCAAAGACAGGGUUACCCUGUUAUUUUGCAGUAAUGCUUCAGGCGACCUUAUGUUGAAACCGCUAUUGAUCAAUCGUGCUAUGACGCCCCGCUCGUUGAAGGGGGCUGAUUUCAACAAACUGCCAGUGCACUGGAAAGCUAACACUAAAGCGUGGGUCACAAAAGCCGUUUUUGAGGAAUGGUUUUACGAUAUGUUUAUUCCGGAAGUGAAAACAUACUUGGAAGGAAAAGGUUUGGAGUUCCACGUGCUUUUGAUUUUGGAUAACGCUCCAGGACACCUAGUUAUCAAGCACCCAAACGUUCAAGUUGUGUUUCUUCCACCGAAUACAACUUCUUUGUUACAGCCUCAAGAUCAAGGAAUAAUUGCUGCUUUCAAGAAGUUGUACAUUAAACAAUGUCUUCGGUACAUCCUCGAAAAGCUUGAAAGCGAUGAAACGAUGACGGUAAUUCAAGCGUGGAAAGAAUUUAAGAUAAGAGACGCUCUGACGUUCAUAGGAAAGGCUCUGUCUUCUAUGAAAUCUAAAACAUUGAAUUCGUGCUGGAAGCCACUAUGGCCAGAAUGCGUGAAAGCUGGUUCAACAGACCCUUCAAAUGUGGAAGAAUCAGAAAUUCUCAUUCUGGCACAUGCAAUUGGAGGGAAAGGAUUCAAAGAUAUGGAUAGUAGAGACGUUGAAGAGCUUCUUGAAGACACCGAAAUUGAAGAUGAUGAACUGAUGCAGAGUUUAGUCACAUCGGAGCCUUUAGAGGACGAUGAAGACCGGGAUAUCAAGCCAUGUGAUAUCGAAGACGGGAAUAAAUUAGCGGAUACCCUCGUAAAACAUUUUAUGGAAAAGGAUCCUUGUGUUGAGAGAGCCGUUUCAUUUCGGAAUGAUUUGAAACUGUGUAUGCUUCGCUACAAUAGAUUGAACGAAAAAACACAGCCAACAGUUAUCGAUGAAGAUGACGAGGAUUUCAGCUUACCAUUGGAACGCAGACGAUCUCGUCCGAUUUCUUCGGAUGAGGAAGAUAUCGCCACAUCAUCUAACCGCAAACAUCCACGUGUUGCUAAUGAUAGUGAUUAGAUCAAUAAAAGAAAUUCUUUUUUCCACUUGACUACAAUAAAAUUGAUUUAUGAAUACAUUGGUAAAAAUAUCAUGGUAAAAAACUAAAAAUAUGUUUAAUUAAAUUUGUCUAAAUUCCGAAAACAUUUGUUUGUAUU